UGUGGCUUCUGAAGUCGCAAUCCUUUGCCGGUGCAGAGCCAGUAAAUCCACAAUGCAAUAAUUACUGUGUGGAACUUUUGAAUCCCUUGAUGGGUCAUCUGCAGCAGCUCCAGCAGUUAUCCGAUUCCAAUGCCGAGCUGAAGGACACGGCAAACACCAGGGAAAUGGCCAUCAAGGACUUGCAGAGCCAGUUAACCGUGGCCGAAAGGGAAUUGGACUCCAAGGAAGACGUUCUAGCUGCACAAGCUGAUAAAAUUAAGUAUCAAUCGGAAGUUCUCCAGCUUAAGGAGGAUACGAUCAAUAAGUUAACUAAAAAACUUUCCGAAGCAAAGGUUAAAUUUGAUGUCGCAGGUCGUCAGCUUUCAAGCAACGAUGCCAAGAUCAAAGAUCUAACCAAACAGUUGAGCAUUCAAGUCGAACAAAUCAAGGAUCAAAGGAAACUGGUAGCCAAAGUUAAUACGCUGACGGAGAAGGAGAACAAAUUGGAGAGCCGGUUGGCAAGUGCUUUGUCUCAAAUCAAAGUCCAGGAGGAUGUGGUCGAUAAGAAGGAUGCCCUAAUUAAGAAGCAAAAUGCAGACAUAACGACCAUCAAAAAGGAAAUCAACGGUCUGAGCUAUAAACUCAAGUCGGUUUCGGAGGAACUGAAUGAAGUUACCGAUGAUCUGCUAAAGUCGAAUGGAACAGAUAGGUGUCCCAGUGGUGGUCUAGGUGGUAUCUAUAAGGUUAAGCCCCGUGGACUCAAGCACUUUGCAGUUCCCUGCAACGCCACUGGUUGGAUGACGAUUCAGAGGCGUUUCAACGGUUCCGUGGACUUCGCUCGAUCCUGGCAGGAAUAUAAGAAUGGCUUCGGCAACAUAAACGGCGAGUUCUUCCUAGGGCUGGAGAAAAUCCACCAGAUGACAGCUGCUGUGCCACACGAGCUGUAUAUUAAGAUCGGCAUGUUCUAUGGAUCCACCAGCUACAUUCACUACGAUAACUUUCAAAUCGGCAGCGAGUCCGAAGCGUAUGCGCUUAAGUCGCUGGGAGCGUCUGAAGGUCCGGCCGGAGACUCUCUAUCCUACAAUUUGAAUGAUAAGUUCAGCACAUACGAUCGCGAUAAUGACAAGGCAAGGGGCAAUUGCGCUGUGGACCAUGCUGGUGGUUGGUGGUACAAGGCCUGUUGCAUCAGCACGCUAAAUGGAAAGUACUACAGUGAUGGCAUCAAGAAGGACGGUCCCCAAGGAAUUCAAUGGGGUACAUGGCAAAACUACAACUACAAUGUGUCGCUUACUGCUUCGGAAAUGAUGAUAAGGCCCAAAAAGGUUUAGAGCUAU